AUGCCCUCCAUCUCCGGCCAGGCAAUCGUCAUCAUCGGCGGCUCGUCUGGCAUCGGCUUCGCCGUCGCCCGACUCGCCCUGGCCGAGGGCGCGAGCGUGUCCAUCGUCUCGUCGAACCCCACGCGAGUUGCCAAUGCUGUGAAACGCUUGCAAGCCGAAUUCCCGCAGGGCAAGAUCGCCGGCUACGACUGCGAUCUGAAGAAGGAGGACGUCGAGGCGCGGCUGGAGCAAGUCCUGACGGCCGCAAGGGCCAGCAACAACGGCGCGCCGCUCGACCACAUCGUCUUCACGGCCGGCGACAGCCUCGCCAUGAAGCCCAUCCAGGACAUUGAUGUCGACUUUAUCCGCCAGGCCGGCCAGGUGCGCUUCGUGGCCCCGCUGCUGGUCGCCAAGCUGGCGCCGCGCUUCCUCAAGCCCAGCUACACCUCGUCGCUGAUCCUCACGUCGGGCUCUGUCUCGCAGAAGCCCCUGCCCAACUGGUCCGUCGUGGCCUCGUAUGCCUCCGGCCUGGACGGCAUGACGCGCAACCUGGCCCUGGACCUGAAGCCGCUGCGGGUGAACCUCGUCAUUCCGGGCGCCGUCGACACGGAGCUGUGGGGGGAGAACCGCGAGAAGUUGGUUGCGGAGAUGGCCAAGACGGCGUUUUUGGGGAAGGUGGCCACGGCGGAGGAAGUGGCCGAGGCGUAUAUCUACCUGAUGAAGGACACCAAUGCCACGGGGAGCGCGUACUCAAAUAGUCUUGAACUGUUAUUGUUUACGCCCAACCAAUCUCUCCUAGCAGUCUGCCAGAGAAUGCCAAUGACGAAAUCACCGGUUGAAAUCUCCUUGAUGGAGAAUACGCGUAUCUAA